CUACACAUGAAAAGCUUACUGUAACCGCAGCAGGAGGAGGAGAAGCAUAUGUCAAGCUUCCUUGAUUUCCGGGUCCUAUGACUUAUCAGGUGGUUGUUGAGCUGCAGGAGGAGGAGGAGGAGAGAGAAGAGAAUUACGAAGUGUACGUGUGAGUGAGUCAGGGGGGUUUUACUUGUAAUUUCUGGUGCAUCUGACCCUCAGCUGUGUGACCAGCCCACAGACCUCUCAGGCGUGUAUGAGCGUGAAAGCAGAAGCAGCAAGUAUCUGCCUGUGACUCUUUUUAUUUUAUUGUUUUGAGCAACGCUGUCAGUCUCAGGAUGGCCGGGGGCUCGGUGUCUGAGUGCAAGGAAUACCUGUUCAAAGUUCUGGUGAUCGGGGAACUCGGUGUGGGCAAAACCAGCAUCAUCAAACGCUACGUCCACCAGCUUUUCUCGCAGCACUACAGGGCGACGAUCGGGGUCGACUUUGCGCUAAAAGUUAUCAACUGGGACAGCAAAACCCUGGUCAGGUUACAGCUGUGGGAUAUAGCAGGCCAGGAGCGAUUUGGGAACAUGACGCGGGUCUACUACAAAGAGGCUGUUGGGGCAUUUGUGGUGUUCGACGUGACGAGGGGCUCCACGUUUGAGGCCGUUUCGAAGUGGAAGCACGACCUGGACAGUAAGGUGAAGCUGGCUAAUGGCAGCCCCAUCCCCUCAGUGCUGCUGGCUAAUAAAUGCGACCAGAAGAAAGAGAGCUCCAACAACACAGCCCUAAUGGACAAUUUCUGCAAAGAGACUGGCUUUCUGGGCUGGUUUGAAACAUCGGCUAAGGACAACAUCAACGUGGAUGAGGCAGCACGUUUCCUGGUAGAGAAUAUCUUGGCUAAUGACAAAGGUUUGCCUUACGAGGAGAGCAAUGGAGACCGGAUCAAACUGGACAACGACCCUGUGGCUGCUGAGAGCAAGUCAGGCUGCUGCUAACACUCAAUCCAUUCACACUGGCAGGGUCCAUCGAGUGCACCACAGCUCUCUCUGUCACAGUCUCGAAGAGGAAUAGGAAUGUUUUUGGCUCCUCAAAGCUCCAGGAACUUCUCUCUGCACCGAUGGCCAACUGACCUGCACGUCCAAGUUUCUUGUAGCUGUUCAUAUGCUGUUUCAGGAUCUUUAUUGGUCUCUUUGUCCCAUCACAAGCCCUGAUUGCCCACCACCAGCUACUAACCUCACACUGAAGUCCUGGACUGUAUCACACUUGAGAAGGGGUUUAAACUGAACACAAAGCUGAGAUUCAAGCUUGAAAACAACCUGUAGCUUUUUAAUUACUUUAGUGUGCUUUCUCUAAGUAUCCUCUGUUGAUGUUGAUGCCACUGUGUCUGUGAAACUAGACAUUUUAUUGUUUUUCUGUCAUUCUUUAGUUAACAUAGAUCCAUGUUUAUGUCAUUGAAACAUUUGACAUACAGCACAUCCUUAUGUCCCAACUUGUUCUAAAAUUAGACUACUGUGUAAAAAGUAAGCAAACGGGCAUCAUAGUUAAGUUUUAUCAUUUUUUUUUCAUCAAAACUGCUGACAAAAUUUGUUGUAUUUAUGCCAUAUUUCACCUGAAACAAGGUGCCAUAAUACACACAUUUUUUUUCUAUUUUAAGGGCGGGGUUUUAUUAAUCACACCAUCAUUUACAAGCAUGCCAAUGGACAAUACAGUAUUUAUGUUAAAAAAAAAAAAGAAAAGAAAAAAGAACUCUAAUGAUGGUACUAUGUGAGACAUUGAGAAACUUUUGUUUGAUUGUCUUUCCACAGGUAUGAUAAUAGAGGUUCGAUUAACAGUAUGUAUUUUCAAAUUGAAUCAGAGGACUACAAUCUGUCGUGCCUUGGGUCGCUAGUCUGUUGAAGUAUACAGAAGAAAUGAGAAGGAUUUUUAAAACAUGUUUACAUGUGGAAAAUACUUAAAAUCUUCAAGACCAAAAUAGAAUAAACAUUUUAACAGA